AUUGGACACUAUGGCUGUCAAUCAUGAAUAUGACGCGGCUGCUGGAGGUGGGUUUUGCGUUUGGUCUGUACGCGCUCGCUGCAUUUAAAGUGCAUUUAAAACCCGGACACGGCCUCUCUUGCUGGUGCUUCGGAUGUCCGAACGCAAACUCAUUCUGUUGAGGCAUGGAGAGGGUGCCUGGAAUAAAGAGAACCGUUUCUGCAGCUGGGUAGACCAGAAGCUGAGUGAAGAUGGGGUGAAGGAAGCCCAGGAGUGUGGCAGGCUCCUGAAGGAGCAGGGUUUCAAGCUUGACAUGGUGUUCUCCUCCAUACUCAGCCGCUCCGUUCAGACGGCAUGGCUUGUGCAGGAGGCUAUGGGCCAGGAGUGGGUUCCUGUCAUCAAAUCCUGGAGGUUGAACGAGCGCCACUACGGUUCGCUGAUUGGCUUGAACAGAGCAGAGAUGGCCCUCAAACAUGGUGAGGAAAAGGUGAAGUUGUGGAGAAGGAGCUAUGAUGUCACACCGCCUCCAAUUGAUGAAUCCCACCCUUAUUUCUUGGAAAUCUAUAAUGAUCGCAGAUACACAACUUGCGACGUGCCAAAGGAUGAUCUCCCCCGAGCAGAAAGUCUGAAGGAGGUGUUGGAGAGGCUGCUACCAUAUUGGGAGAGUACUAUAGUUCCAGAGAUAAAGAAAGGCAGAAUGGUACUAAUAUCUGCUCACGGAAAUAGCUGCAGAGCCCUGCUGAAACACCUGGAAGGUAUAUCUGAUGCAGAUAUAGCCAGUGUGACUUUACCUACAGGAAUACCGGUGCUGCUGGAGCUGAACGAAAACCUCAGGUCUGUGAAACCUAGGCAGCUGUUGGGAGACCAGUUGAAGAUUCAGGCAGCUAUUAAAAAGGUUGAGGACCAGGGAAAAGCUCAACCCUCAACCUAAAUACACUCUUGGAAUCUUCUGCACAAAUCUUUAACUUGGUAAACACCCAACUCUUACAGGAAACUCAAAAGGUGUCACAUCGUUUUAGAGGAUGACAAUAACAAAUUGCUGUUAGGUUUAGAGAUAUAAAUGUCUUAAGUGAAGGUGCUAUACUUGCUGUAAAUGGGGGCAGGCCUGAACCUGGAUCUUGGCCUGACUUUGCCAACAGGGAUGGGAAGAAGCUGUUAGACGGUGUGUUUUUAGUACUGUUGAAUUGUUUUUAAAUGUAAGCACCAAGCAAGCAUGCAGCUUUUAUGGGAUUUUAAAGAUGCUUUGCAUGUGUAACUCCAACAGAGGCAAAUACUUUAUUGAUCUCAUGUUACAAAUGUAAAGAAUCUGAUAAUUCCUGAAAUUUGUUAUAGUGAGAAAAUUCUGUUACAGUAAUACUUGGUAAAAUGUGACAUUCAUAUUGUACUAAAAUUCAAUUAGUUUACAAAGGGUUCUUACAAAUAGGGUUGCAACAAAUGAUUUUUCUAAUCAGUUAAUCAUUGUUGUUUUAUUGUAUUUUCCAAUUGGUAAAUUAUCCCCUGGUUAAUUGACCAGCACACCAUAACCAUAAAUUCUACCGAUAUCUUCCAACCUUAUCUUCAACUAUUUUGUCAUAAAAAGUAUUUAUUUUACACAUGCGAUCUAAAAAAACCCCCAUAUAAAGUGCCAGUAAACUUAAAAAGGCAGUCAUGGGGGGAAAAAAAUAUAGACAAAAAGCUUACAGACAGCUUUACCCCUUCUGAGGCACAUUCAAAAAAUAAAAUCUUAACAUUUAAUAUGGCUGCGAGUAAUAAUAAUUUUCACAAUCUGUUGAUUAUAUUGUGGAUUAAUCCAUUCAUUGCUUUGUCUGUAAAAUUGUGAAAAUAUUCAUCCUUGUUUCUCAGAGCCCAGAAUAUCUUCAAAUGUGUGUCCACAACCCAAAAUACAGUU